UGCGUCAGUCAGCGCGUCUCUGUGCAGGGAGCAGGACCGCCUGCGGGCUCUGAGGUUCGGAGGGAACACCUGGAUUAAUAAAGCGCCACGCUCGCCACUUGUUCUUUGUUUUCGGGCCGGAUCGAAGAACCUUCCGUCAUGUCUCGUGCUCCAGACGACGUGAGCAAGCUCACUGAAAGUACAUACAAGAACGUGAUGGAGCAGUUCAACCCGGGCCUCCGGAACAUGGUCAACCUCGGGAAGAACUAUGAGAAAUCCGUCACAGCCAUGACUCUGGCGGGGAAGGCCUAUUUCGAAGCCGUGUCAAAGGUCGGAGAGAACGCCACCCUGUCCCCGGUCUCCAGAGAGCUCGGUGUGGUUCUGAUGGAGAUCUCAGACGCCCACAGGAGGGUCUUCAAUGAACUAGAUGAGAACCUCAAGACGUUCCACAGGGAGAUCAUCCUUGAGCUGGAGAAGAAGACGGAGAUGGACGUGAAGUACAUGAAUGCCACCUUCAAGCGCUACCAGUCGGAGCACAAGGUGAAGCUGGACCACCUGGAGCGCUCGCAGACGGACCUGAAGAAGCUGCGGAGGAAGAGCCAGGGGAAGAACUCGUCCAAGUACGAGAUCAGAGAGAACGAGUUCAUGGAGACCAUUUCGUCGCGCCAGAUGGACAUGCAGAAGUUCAUCGCCGAGGGCUGCAGAGAGGCCCUGCUGGAGGAGAAGAGGCGCUUCUGCUUCCUGGCGGACAAACACUGCGCGUUCUCCUACCAGAUGAGCAGCUUCCACCACAAAGCCAAGGAGACGCUGGCCGCGCAGCUGCCCAGCUGGCAGGAGAAGUGCAGCGACAUCACCAAGGCGCCGGACGCGGUGGACACGAUGAUGGAGGAGCUCGCCCCGACCCCUGAACCCUCGCCUGUGGUGGGACACUUCAACAGGAGCAACGGGGGGUCAAAGGUGCCUCCCCCGGCGCCGCAGCUGAAGGCCCAAAUCAGUCCGCUGGUCGACAUGUUCAACCAAGAGCCCAGGAUUCCUUCCGGCACCCCCGCGGACAACAGCUCAGACCCGGGCAGCCUCGGGGAGGUGGGCAUGUCCCGGUCGGCGUCCCAGUCGUCCGGGCUCAACGUGGGCAGGAGGCCCCGCGUGAGGACCGUCUUCCCCCACGCGGCCGGCAACAACCCCACGCUGCUCAGCUUCCAAGAAGGCGACGUCAUCGCCCUGCUGGUCCAGGAGGAGAAGGACGGCUGGUUGUACGGAGAGAUGGAGAAGACGCAGCAGCGGGGCUGGUUCCCCUCAUCUUACUCCAGACCGUACGCUGAGCCAGUGACACCCAACAGCAGCGAUCUCGGCACGCCGCCUCAUCGCCGGAGUGUGGCCAGUCUGCAGGAGCGCGAGGACGAGGAGGAGGAGGAGCCUGUGCUGCUGCCGCCGCCGGACUACAGCGACGGCGCCGCCCCCGGCCACCCGGUGGUCCCUCCGACCCCAUCGACCCCAUCGACCCCAUCGCUUCUGAACAAGGUUCCUUUAGGUAAUGGGACUGCAAAGGCUGCCUUUCUAGGAGGCGGGAACCCGUUCGCCACCGUCAAGCUGAGGCCGACGGUGACCAACGACAGAUCCGCACCACACGUCUGACGCCGCGGGGGGCGAGGCCUUUCACCGCCGCCGUGCCUUCGAGGGGGGGGGACUCGGGCCGCCACGGACCCCUGCGACACACCAAAUACCCCCCCCCCCCCCCACACACACACACACACACAUGACCCCUCACCAGGGCGCAUGCAGGGUGCUCUGUUAAACGAAUCCAUCGCGUUGUUGGCGUUAACACGGACAUUUUGCAUAAUCGACGCGUGGAGAAGUACAAUCUCAACAUUUUUUAAACUCCCCCCCCCCCGAAACAUCAGUUUGGACUACGUAGGCCGUGGAGAUGCUCUACACGGGAGGAGGACUCCACCCCAAAUGAUAAAAAGCGGCUUCAGUGUAAAGAUAGUAGCUACUGAAUGUAAAUGCUCUGAAUGGGACUAAGAUGAAGUCAUGGGGUCAUCAAACAUGGCGCGCUGUCCCUUUAAGAUGCACCGCGAUGCUCAGACGGUCACUGGGUCUUUUGGGGCUGGUUCGUGUUUUCACAUAAAACGAAGGGAGACCACCUGACUCGUCUUUUCUGUUUUAGUUAAGAUUUAUUUUUGUCUUUCUUUUUUUAAGAGGUAUUAUCAUAUACAAAGGUUGUGACCGUAAAGGGAGAGUGACAGUGUUGGGAAAAGGGUUUGUCAUUUGAGUAAAGACAAAACAGCACGUCACUGUUUAAAAGGAGAAGGCUAUUUAUAGAAGUUUGUAUGAGAUAUUUAAAUGAAAAACAAAUAGGUGGGCAAAAGUCAUUCUGUGAAGGCGCCCUUUUGGAGUAGAACAGCGACCCCUUAUGACCCCAGGAUCACUUUAAUGUGGCAGACAAUGGCCUUUGGAUGAAGGGAAUUUGCUUUCACUCUGUUUAGUGUCGAUUCUGUCAACAGUUCACAGCUUAUACAACAUUUGAAUUGUAUGAAUAAAGUGGCUCAUUGUAGAACACAUUUUUGCCGUGUUUUUGCUGCACAGAAUGUAAAUGUGUGAUGAGGAACUGACCCAUGAGACGGAUUGAUCCGCACAGGCCCAGCGGUGUGCGUCAGUGAGGCAAAUCGUGCUUAUUGCUUUCUUUAGAGUACCUUGCCACUGUGUUGACCAAUGUAGUCUUUUUUUUCUCAAUAAAACAAGCUAAA